GCGGGGCUGUGGAGUGGGAUCUCGAGCCCUGGACCAUUAGGCUUCUGCCCGCAGCCUCUUUUCUCGAGGCAGCCUUUGCGCCUUGGGGCGCCCCGCACCCGGGGCUCCACAGCCCUCACUUCGGCCGCACUAGCUCGCCCUCAGGGCUCUGGGCAGCUUCUCCGGGAGCCCGCCGGGACCUCUCGACCCUCGCGCUCCCGUGGUGCUCAACAGGGUCCGCUGGGGCCAUGGUGCCCUCCCCCGAGAAGCCCGGCCCUGCGCAGGGGACGAGCGAGACAGAGUCGCUCGGCCCCGCGCUUAUGGGGGCUGCUCCGCCGCCCGGCGUGGGACCCUCAGGUGGUCCGGAGGCGGCCGCCGAGAAUGUAGAGGUAGAGUUGGUGGGGCCGGCGGGCGCCGAGCCCCCUCAGCCUCCGGACGGCGGCUGGGGCUGGCUGGUGAUGCUGGCGGCCAUGUGGUGCAACGGGUCGGUGUUUGGCAUCCAGAACGCCUGCGGGGUGCUCUUCGUCUCGAUGCUGAAUACGUUCGGGUCCGAGGACGAUGACCAGAUGGUCUUCAAGACAGCAUGGGUAGGUUCUCUCUCCAUGGGGAUGGUUUUCUUUUGCUGCCCAAUAGCCAGUGUCUUCACAGACAUGUUUGGUUGUCGGAAAACAGCUAUCGCGGGUGCCGCUGUUGGAUUCAUUGGGCUCAUGUCCAGUUCUUUUGUAAGUUCCAUCGAACUUCUGUACCUUACCUAUGGAAUCAUAUUUGCCUGUGGCUGCUCCUUUGCAUACCAGCCUUCAUUGGUCAUUUUGGGACAGUAUUUCAAGAAGCGCCUUGGACUGGUGAAUGGCAUUGUCACUUCCGGCAGCAGCAUCUUCACAAUUCUGCUGCCUUUGCUUUUAAGGGUUCUGAUCGACAAUGUGGGCCUCUUUUAUACACUGAGGGUCCUCUGCAUCUUCAUAUUUGUUAUCUUUCUGUCUGCCUUUACUUACCGACCUCUUGCUUCCAAUGUCAGAGAGAAAGAGAGUGGAAUCAAAGGAGGCAACAGAUUCUCCCUCUUUUCCAGGAGAAAGUUCAGUCCUCCAAAAAAAAUUUUCAAUUUUGCCAUCUUCAAGGUGACAGCUUACGCAGUGUGGGCAGUUGGAAUGCCACUUGCACUUUUUGGAUACUUUGUGCCUUAUGUUCACUUGAUGAAACAUGUGAAUGAAAGGUUUCAAGAUAACGACAAUAAAGAGGUGCUCCUCAUGUGCAUUGGCAUCACUUCGGGAGUUGGACGGCUGAUCUUCGGCCGGAUUGCAGACUAUGUGCCUGGUGCGAAGAAGGUUUAUCUACAGGUACUCUCCUUCUUCUUCAUUGGUCUCAUGUCCAUGAUGAUUCCCCUGUGUAAUGUCUUUGGGGCCCUCAUAGCUGUCUGUCUCGUCAUGGGCCUCUUUGAUGGAUGCUUCAUUUCAAUUAUGGCCCCCAUUGCCUUUGAGUUAGCUGGUCCCCAGGACAUUUCCCAAGCAAUUGGAUUUCUCCUCGGAUUCAUGUCUGUACCCAUGACUGUGGGCCCACCCAUUGCAGGGCUACUUCGUGACAAGCUGGGUUCCUAUAAUGUGGCAUUCUACCUCGCUGGAAUCCCUCCCCUUGUUGGAGGUGCUAUCCUUUGUUUUAUCCCGUGGAUCCACAGUAAAAAGCAAAGAGAAAUCAGCAGAACCACUGAAGGAGGAAAGACAGAGAAAAUGCUGGAGAACCAGAACACUCUGCUGUCAAGUUCACCUGGAAUCUUAAAAAAAGAGUCUGACUCUGUUAUUUAAUGUCGUAUAUACCUCCACCAGACUGGACUUGCUUUCAGAAGUUUAAGCAAGUUUUCUUUUUAUAUGAAUUGCAAAUUUCUUAUUUUUUUAAUCAUACCCUAAGAAUAGCACAAUAAUGGGAAAUGGAGCCCUUAUUACUACAAGAACCAGUUCGCGCCGCUGAAUAGCUGUCUGAUAUUUCCAAGGGUCUGAGGGCAGAGGCUCUGGUACAUGAAAACAUGUCUGGAAGGCCAAUAGUAUGGGAUUUGAAUUUAUUUCAGUAAAAAGCAACUUUGGAAACUGUGAAUACUAUUUAGCUUCUAUAAAUAUUUAAAAAUACCUCAAGCUAUACUGAAAAUGUUGCAAUUUGAUUAGGACUGGAAAUAUUGUUUGUCUCACAUACUGUUUUUAGUUCUGGUAUCUAUAUUUUAAUUUCUUCUCCUAUUUGGAAAGUUUUUUACAAAAUUUAAGCCUGUAUUCUAGGUAAUAUGAGAUCUGCCUAAACCUCCAGACUGCAUUAAAGCUGCUUGCCUGUCAACCAGGCUAUGGAAUGAAGUUCUCGCUCGCUCCAGUGUGUGGGUCUUCCUGCCCCAGAUGCUAGUGAUAUUCUCAUAAUCAGUAUGUGAGAUGAAAGGGUCCUGUUCACAGGGCAGAGCGGUUCCAAAAUCAGGCGUAUUUCUUCUAUUUAUAUUUAUUCCCUUCGGGUUUGCAGUGUGUUUUACUCAAGCAGACAGAAACGCCCCAAAUUUUUGAGUUUGUUUAAAUUUUAACAAUAAAGUACAAUAGAAUGAAUGAAAGAUAUUCUGGCAAUUUUAACGCAGAAUUUUUUUCGGACUUCGGAAUUUGUUAGCACUAGGACCUGAUAUUUAAACAAAGCCUUAUUGAGCAUGUUGUCAAGUUGCAGCUUCAGGCACAAUGGGAAAAAAAUCUUUGUGUUUGUGAAGAGACUAUCAAUUUCUGAUAGACACAGUUGCUCAAAUUGAUUUAUGAAAACAGUGGGUCUUGAAAGGUCAAAAGCAUUUGUAAGGAGAAACAACUGCUACAUUUCCAAAACUUUCUGGCUGAAAUUUGCAUUCAUGUGUAUUUUUCCUAGUGUGUUCCCCAUUAAUGUUCCCAGUGCUUUUUUCUGUGUAUAUACAGACAAUCAUAAGAAAGCUAUUAGAGGUUUAAGGACCAAGAAUUAAAACCAAAGUCAUGUCAUGACCUAUACGCAUCUACAAAAAAAAAAAAAUAGUAACACUUUCUGAGUCCCUGGAAUUAUACCUUAGUAUAUUUUUGUUUCUUAUUUAGGUCUUUAAAGUUAAUAAUAUGCAAAUAUAUUUAAGUCCUAAAUGUAGAUAUAUAUAUUAGAUUUUCCUCAAAUGUAACCAGGGAAGAAUGGUGUCUUUUUCUAAAGCACCUCCAGGAUCCACCUGCUUCUAUCGUCUCUGUAAUGAGAGAAAGUCCAUUGUCUCCCUACUUUACUUCUCAGCUAUUCUUGUUCCUGAAGGGCAGUGAACUGAUACUCCUGCUCCCUGUCUCUGGCCAAGGAUUGAAGGCGCCUGGAAAGCUUGCGGACCUGUGCUUGGUGGGAUUAGUGAGGCGGCACACAGCAGCUCGAGGGAAGUGAGGCUGUUAAACAGCUAGAAACCCAGUACCCUUGCUCUCAGUAUCAACUCUCUUGUCUGCAAUCUUGAAAGUUCAAAGUGUAUAAACACUAAAUUUGGAAUAAUUUUAAAGAGGAUUUUAAAUAAUAUUGAUUGUGAAGACCCUCAGCAACUUACUACUUCCAAUACUUCUAUAUUUCAUAUUUAGGAAACUUAGGUAAUUUGGUUUUUGGAAGGUUCUAUUGCAAAAACAAAAAUAAAAACACAGCAAAUCUACAUUUGGCCACAGUGCCCUUUUAUGUUCUUAUUUUAAACUUUUAGAAGAUGACUUAGAAAUGAUAAUGUAAUACAUUAUCAGGUUUUUCAUUUAUUCAUUUCCAGUUAUAAAAACAUCAUUUUCUCAUUAUUAGUGCUUUUGAGACAAGCAAGAACAUAUAACUAAGACCAAUCGUAAAACCUGCCUGAGACUCCUAAGACCCACCCACCCCCAAUUUUACAGAAAGAAUAAUUCUAAAGUAGAAUAUUUACUCAGUAAAGACUUCCAAAGUGCUUUCCCUUUCCAAAUUUGGCUAAUUUGGGGAGGCGGGUGGGGGCACGGAAGGUAAUAAUCUGAAACUUGAAGACUUGAUGUUGCUUUGUUAAUUUUCGUAAUGAAAGAGCAAAGUGACUGACUUAAAUAUUUAUAAUAAAAAUUAGAUCUCAGACUAUUACACAUAUAAUAAUUACAUAUAUGUAGUUUUCAGUUCAAUGGAAUGAGUCAAACAGGAUCUAUAACACCAAAAAAGCUCUAUUAUAAUAGACUCUUAUAGUACUGUGCUGUAAUAAUAUAAAGUUAAAAAGUAUAAAAGGUAAAAUGCUAAACUCUAUAAAAUGUGUAUUUAGUAAUAUGUUGUUUGGUACAAAAAGUUCUAAAAAUCUAAAAUUCUAAAAGUCCUACAAACUAAGACAAUGAAAAAUACUGAUAUCCAUAAAGAUUCGUGUUUCAAGAAAUAUUAAUCGUUCUGUCGAAGUAAAUUGUUCCUAAUUCUGAAGAGGGUUUCAGAUGGGCCUAAAUUUUUUUUUUUCAUAAUCAUCCUAAUUCUGAUAGGAUUCAACAAAUUCUCACUUGCAAGAAACAUUCAAAAGUUUCUUGCAUUUGAGGUGAACAAUAACACAAAAAGGGGAACAAUUAGUGCUCCUUUUUACAGAAACCCUGGAUUAGAUACACAGGUAACCAAUGCCUAAGGAUAUUUCAGAAAAGUUCUGGUUAAAUUUUAUUGCAGUGGAUAUUGUUAGGAUCCAUCCACUUCAGGUUAUUGAUACUUUAUUCAAUUUAUAAAUCUCUUUGAUCACAGUUACAAUGCUUAGUCUAUAACCCUACUGGAAGACUUGUAAUUUUCACUGAAAAUUGCAGAGUGAUUGCAUUAAACUUCCAAUUCUAUUCAUUUGCAUUUCAUGAUCAUAUAUUAUCUGUUUAUAUAUGUCUGCGGAUGAUCACAUGGGCUCUGCCCAGGUAUGGAGAAACCUUUAAUGCUGUUAGCUUCAACUUUUCACACUUUUUAAGUAAAUGUACACUUAAUUGUAAAGUAAACAUAUCUUUACUCUUUUCAUAUUAUCUUCAUCCUUAUCAUCCUUUUUCCCUGUACUUCCCCCAUCCUUCAAAAAUCUGCUGAAGAACAGUCCAUCAACAUCCUUGCUUAAUUCUACUGGCUGCUCAGCUGCACUCCUUACUGGUCCCUGUGGCUUCAGAGGCUCGGAACCCCAUCCAGUUUAUGUAACCUGCAGUAUGGCUUGCUCUCGGCUUGCAACUGAGAGUGCUAAUGGUCUACACUGAAAUUUUUUUUUUAAUUAUGCGAUUAAAAUUUGGGCGAAGUAUUAAGUUUCAUAUAAUUGGCAUCUUUUGUGCUAACAUAAAAUUUUAAAUGUUUAAGGCAAAUACUUAGAGAGAAAAGACUGUCAAGUUCUUAGCAUACAUAUUUUUGGAUAGCAUAAUUUUUUACUUUGAUUUUCCUGUUCCUUUAAAGUUUUGCUAAAUCUUAGUCCUGAGAGCACCUCACGGAGGAUGCAGCUCCCAGUGAGGCUGGGUCACACUUGGUGGUUUAGAGGUGCGAUACAACGGAAGAGUGUAAGCUAAUCAUCUCCAGUUUUUAAAUGUGUAAACGAUUUAAAGAAGUACUUAAAACUUAUUUAAACUCCUUAGGAAAUUUCUAACACUGAAAACUUUAUUGUUGCUGGCAUAAACAUGAAGGAGCAAUUAUUUAUGUAUUGGGUUAAAGAUGGUUGCUUUUUUCCAAUAUGUGAAAAAUAAGAGGAAGAAAACUUUAUUUCUUUUUACAUCUAUAUUAUUUUUUAAUUUGAAAGACAAGUGGUGUCUUGGCUAAUAGAAAAGUACACCAUCCAUAUAGGUUAACUGGCUCUUUAAAAAACCGAAACCUUUUGCUUUGUCAUUAAAACAAAAGCACAAUUUGCCAUUCAUAAUGGUGGUGUGGUAAUGUCGAUAAGAACACACCGCAGAAGGAAGACUUGCUACUUUACUGACAGUCUUUGGUUCUGCUUGUGUUAUACUCGCCAAUUCCUUUGGCUGAUGAUUUGGUGGAAGGAAAGUAGGAGCAUCUGGAGUGGAGUCAGAACAGCUGGCAGGCAAAGAAUCAGAAGGCUGCUCAGCAGCAGCAGGCGGCUCCUGGGCUCGCCGCUGUGUCCUAGCCGCAGCCACGUCUGUCCGUUGUAUUUGUUGGCAGAGACUAAUGCUUUGUUUGAUAAAUACACUAGAGAGUGAUAGGUUACAGUUUUCAAGAAUAAGGGGCCCAAGGCCCAGAGCUAAAUGUGAAACUGGAACACAACUUAGAAGCACAGUUAUUGAACUCUCAUAAAUGUGGACUUACCAGAUGGCUCCUUCUAAGACAAUAAAGACUCAUGAAACAAUUCAUUGCCACAUCUUUGAAUCACUGAAAGAAACCUUGAAAUUUGGGACAUAGUAGUUUACUUAGCUAGUUCUUUUUUAAAUUAUCAAUUUUUAAGUAGUAAACAUUGAUCCUUUUGACCUCUAUACAUUCACAGAAAUGCCCCCUGGUAUUAUUUUCUUGACAAAUGUAAGACUACCUCAUUUAUGACACAGAGGAGUUUAAUUUUUUAGGAGGACAUUGGAAAGAUACUGGAAAUGAAAUUAAACCUUUUUAAUAAGGUCAAUAAUACUUGAUCAUGACACUCAACUUGACUCUGACGGCGCACCUACCUCAGCUUCCGGUGUCGGGUGGAAAGCCCUGCUCCAGCAGAGGGAGGGCCCAGAGGGAGGGCGCGGGGGCCCUGGAGCAGAACGGUGAGGGGCUGCAAGUGGUUAAGGGGCUCAAAGCAGUCAAAUUUCUUAAGUGCUUUGUUCUGAUAAACGGAUAUAAAAGGAAAAAAAAAAAGCAUUAACUCAUGUGGCCUGUGGAUAAUCUAACAAAGGAAAAAUCUAUGUGUAAUAAUGAACACUUGCUAAAAUGCUUUACCAGUGGCUUUUCAAAUUAUACUGGCAGCUUGACGAGGAGGACUUGUUUUCAUUUGUGUUUUCUUGGCAGGAAGAUGGAUGAUCAUUGACAGUAGAUUGGAUGCUUGUGCCUUAACCUAAUAGCUUACAUGUUGAACUUUUAUAAAGGCUCCCUUUUCCUCAUGGUAAAGUGAGACAGUUUCCUGGUGAGGCAAUUUUUUGUCUCACGGGAGUGUUUGAAAAUGCUGUUGUUGACUGUAUCUAUAGGGUAGAAGUUAACCCACAGGUUCCCAAUUUAAUUAAAGAUGUUUCUAGCCUUUCAAUAUUCUGUUAGAAGAGUAUUUUGGAGUUGAAUGUUCCUAAGAAUGUAAAUGAUAAGAACUAUCUAUAUAAAAUAACAUUAAGAAAUCUAAUUAGCUUUGUGAUACUGGGCCUCUGAUACACAGAGUGGGGCAAAAGUAGGUUUACAGUUACAGAAAAUAAUAUAAUAAGUAAUAAUACAAGAAUAAACUCUGUGUUUUGUGUACUCACAACUGUAAAUUUACUUUAGUCCCACCUUGUCUGACUUUUAUUCUUUGCCAGAGAAUACUUACCAGUGUUUGUCAGUUAUUAAAAGAGUGGAUUUUAAAAGCAUUUUAAAUGUGUGUAAAUACAAACCUUUUUUACUGUGCUCUCCCCUAAGUUCAGUCUUCUGUAAUAUAUUCUAAUUGCUAGAAAGCAAUGAGUAAGUGUGCCUUUCACUAUUCAGCCAAUAUUGGUAUAUUAUUUCAGGGGCCUAGGGCUUGCUGAUGAGGGAGCUGUACCGUGACCCCAGGCUAUGAACAGACUGUGUAUUUGGUGCCUUCCCUCUCAUCCCACCAAAGAAAGAUUCACUCAAGACUGGUGCUAAAUUUCAUGCUUCUUUCAAAAUUAUUUUUUGCUUUAAAGUAUAUGUAACACAGUAGAAAUGUGAGAUCCAGAAGUAUUAUGUAUGUUGCAUUUUGUAUACGCAUCGAGGAAAAAAACUUAUCUAUAAAGCAAUUAUUGAGUUCAAAUAUCGACUUAGGGGUAUGUACUUUUUGUAAGCUCACAAGGCUUUAAAGUGUGAAACCUAAAACAAAAUGAUCACCAAAUUAAAACUGUAUGAUAAACAUAACCUCCAAACAUCUCUGCUCAUUGUUUCUAGCACAGUUCGAUACUAAAAAUAUUCAGUAACUCUGAGGGUAUGUAAGAAAAAUAUGUAUAUUUUAUUAUACACUUAUAUAUUUACAAAAUAACUUUAUAUUGUGCUAGUUUAAGUAGAUAUUUUACGGUAUUUUUCAGGCUUAAAUCAGAGUUUUGGGAGUCAUCAAUCUUAAAACCUGGAGGGUGAGUUACAUUUUUUUUAAAAAUUCACACUGAAAGUAUCACUGUCCAUCUUUCAGAUUUAACCAAGAGACUUAAAUUGGUAAGAAGUAUGUCUGAGUCAGUGUCAGAAAAUCCCAGACCUCCUAUGUAUCAAGGACUUAUCAGUCCAGCAUUGUGGCUGUGGCUCUGCGGCUCUGUGACUCACUCCUAAACGUCCACCCAGAAUUCCAUGUGCAUUGCUGAGUCCUGAUCGUACCUGCUCGUAGGAUUCAGAUGAAGUGGGGACCACAGGUGUUUAUUUAAUCCUGCUGUCUUUUAUAGACAUUGCCUUAAUUCUUUUUUAUGAGGAUUUGAUAAAUAUAAAUUAGAAAAAUGGUACACACUAUCCCUUUCCUAAUUAGAAGGACCAUACAUUUAGAAUCUGCUAGAGUUCACUGGAUUCUCUGUUCACCUAGAGGGCCUUUCCACUGUUAACCUGAGUCACAUGUGGGAGGGAGAAUAGGGACUUGUUCAUCAGAAGGUACAGCAGAGUGAAAUUAAGUAGCCCUUUAAUAAUAACUUCUGAUAUAACUUAAUAUAUUGUGGUUUGAGAUACGUAAGAUUGGACAAGCACAAUGCUUGAUACGUUUGUAUUUUGUCAGUUUGUUCUGCCAGUUUGCUUAUCUUAGCCUGAAAGUUAAAGCUACUGCAGCCUGCACCCUGCAGCAUUAUUAAGGGAGAGCUUCGAUACAUUAAGUAUUUCUUAGCAUAAUAUGACCUUUUUCAUGCCAACUUAUUUUAAUAUUUAUCUGAAAAGUAAUUUUUUAAAUUAUUGUGCCUAUUUUCAAAGAAAAACAUGCUUUAUCUUAACCAUCAAAACCAAAGUACUUCAGGAGCGUGCUCUACACCCCGGUGUAGCUCUGCUCCUCCCGCUACUGAAACAGGAGGCUGUUUUUGGCACAAGAGUUGUUUAAAUAUAGAUCACUGUACAAAAUGAUUACGUUGGGUUUGGUCAGGAUGAAGUAUUUUAGUAUGUGCCUUUUAAAAGUAUUUCUUUUUAAAGAGUAUAAUUUAUCAUUGAUUUUUAUAAUGUGUAAUUAACUAUAUAACCAAAAUCUUUUUAAUGAAAAGAGCUUUUGUAAUCAUUUUACUGUGGAAUAAUGUGACAUUCUCAGUAAAUACAAUAAAAACGUUUAGCAAAUUUCUAUACGGCUU